AUGCCUGGAUGGACCUCCGGACCCAUUUUGCCACCGGACAUGAAGAGUUUCGUUAACCAGCAAACGAGAGUGAUCCAACACGAUGGGUCUAUAGUGAAAGAAGACGAUCUCGAUUCACAGUGGGAAGAAGCAACCGGUGAAAACGUCGAAAAAGUCAUCUUUCUCAGCUGUCACACCGCCGUCUCGAACCGUCCUGCUCUCACUUUUCACCCCAUUGGAGUGCUUCACCUGAGAGAAGGAGAAUCUCCGCCGCAGGGAGGAAAGGAGGGAUGGGAGGCGUUGCCAAGCCCUAGGAUUGGUCCGUGGUUGCGUCUUUUGAAGAAAAUGGCUGAAGCUCAUAGCUUAGUUCCUGAGAUUGAUGAGGUUUUGUUUCUUGUUAAUUUGCUUAUGUGUUAUAUCUAG